UCGCGAGGCCUCCUCGUGCUCGUGCUCGUGCUCAAUCUGCUCUUCACCCUCGCCCCGAGGGCACGACCGCGAAUGCACGCAGCAGCGAAUGGACGAUCGGAAGAGUGAGCUCAGAGUUGUGCCUGGCGAUCUCUGAUUGCGGGGUCCGGGAAGGAAGUCAGGCGAAAUUGGCACCGCCUUCAGGGCGAAGAUUCGAUGGUAGCAGGGAGCAGAAGAGAGCAGCGGGGGCGCAAGAAUGCUGUAGGGCGAGGCUCCUGCUCUCGGCUGUCGGCGGCGGAGUGUUGCGAGUGGGUCGGAAUGUGCAGCCGCGCGCUCACGGAUGCGGAGGGAGGGAUUGUGAGGCGGAUGUGAGACGGCGGGCGGGGGCGAUCUCAGCUGAGCGGCGUGGAUUGGGAUGGGAUUGAGGAGGAGGCGGAGGCGGUGGAGUUGAAUGCGGUGCGGAGUGAGGGCAUCGAGUGGUUGCGUCGCCACCCCAACACGUUGCGCGCCGUAGAGCGCAGGCGAGGCGAGGCUUCCAAAAUUUCAGGUGGCGAAGAACUAGAAUGGGAACUGGAUUGUUGUAAUCCAGGCUCGGAUGCAGACAUGGAGGGCGAGAACGGAGAGGCGUCGGAUCCCACCCAAGAGGUGGCCACGCUGAAUCUCUCCGCCUGCCCCCAUACCCCGAGCGCGUUCCCAACUCCCGCCACUUCCGAUUGCAACGGAGGCCCGGGAGGAGCCCGGACCCAAUCCAACAACAAGAAGCGCAGCCGCAGUGCGCCAUGGACCGUGUCCGAGAUGCUGACGCUGAUCGACGCGAAGAAGGAGGAGCGAGAGCGAUGCCAGAUGUACAAGCUCCAAGGCGUGAAACUCCCCGCAGCUGAGAAGUGGAGGAUUGUUGCCACGCACAUGGAGACCAAGGACAUGGGCAGAAGCGGCAGCCAGUGUCAGGACAAGUGGGAGAACAUGAUGAAAGACUACAAGGCUGUGCGCGAGUGGCAGUACAUCAUGAAUCCCACGGGCAAGAACUACUUCAAAGAGAUGACCAACAAGGAGCGCAAGGACGCCAGCCUUCCUCCGCAGAUGGACGAAGUUGUGUUUUACAGUUUGCACGCCAUUCAGAACGAGAAAGAAGAGAAGAAAGACAAAGCCCGCCGGAAGAUUGAACGAGACAGUUUCAAGCAACCGAAUGUAGGAAAUUCUCUUCCCGUAGGCACCUUGGCGACCAAAGACAAGGUGGGUAGUAGUGAGGCCAAUGACAUGGAGUCCAUGGACACGGAUUCCAGUGGUAAACGAAGGAGGAGGAAGAAGGUUGGACAGGACAAGCCACCCAUCGGCCUGGAGAAUCCCGUGGUGCUGGACGACUUCGUGCAUGCGAUGAAAGAUGGGUCCAAAGAAUUGGUUGAAUGCUUCAUGAAGGUUUUGGAACGGAACGAACGUCAGCCAUCGGGAGAGCUGGACACCAAGACCAAAGACACAGCCACUCUCGCGCAGGUGUUAGUAGCCUUGGCAGAUGCGGUCAAGACGAUUGCAGAAAAAUUAUGAUCUCGACCUCGUGCGAAGAAAAUAGAUUCGUCUGUUUCGGCGGAAGCCAUCCGUUGCCUCUUUUUCACACAUUUCUGGCAAGCGUUGGAGAUUGACAGCUUAGGCUGUUGCUGGCACAUUCCGAUUACGUAAUUUCUAUCUGCAAGCGGCUCUUAGUUGCUCCGUCAAUGGACUCCGCAGACAAUCUCUCUUUGUCCAAAUCAUUUCACACGAAUUUCCCACUGAAGUAGGACUCCCUCUGCUAUCACUAGCCUGCUUUGUGGCCGAAUACCUUCCUCCGUACGCAGAGUGCGCUUGGCUCGACCGACUCGGACAACUUCAGCUGCAAUAUACGUCAGAAGGUUCUGGUGGCAGCAUAGCUGAAUUAUGACCAGAACCGGGGGUGGUCUUGACCCCGGAUUAUGUAUCGAAGCAAACGAACAGAUUCUUGCUGAUGUAUCAGCUGAAGAGGCAAAUUCUUAAUCGAUGAAUCCGUGUCGCAACACGCUUGCAAUACCAGAAAUUUGAUGCCCAGAAGGAUUCCAUAUUUCACUCACUCCCUCUAU